UUUUAUUUUCAGUGUGUCUCUCGAGUGCGAUGAACGUGGAUCGAGAUCCACAAUCAACUCAUCUAGUGGUGUGCCUCUUGUGAAUCAAUGAACAAGAAUAUUCUUCGUGAUUUGUGGACUUUUUGCAAAACCAGUGCAGACAUUUGAAUUUUCUGUUUUUUUUUGUUCGUUUAAAAGUGUAUGCACAGUGCUCGGUGUGGCGUCCUUUUCAACCCAAGAAUUUUGCAAGGCUCUAAGUUGGGGAGUUCUUUGGGUGGAAGAGUUUUGUGUACUAUAUAAAAGUUUAUAGUUUAAUUUGUAUAUUAGGAAUUAAGCAAUAUAACGAACAAGGAUUAAAUUUCCAAUGGAUUGGCGAAGGAGUUGCGUUUUCAUUGGAAUUGUGAUCAUUUGGUGUGUGUCUGCUGAGGAGGAGACCAGACUCUUGGGCAGUGACUGCCAGCACGACAUGGACUGUUCCGAUGCCAUCGCAGCAAGUUUCUGUAAUCAGAACAACCUCUGUGAAUGCCGUGAGGAGUUUGUCCAAUUCAACAGCACAAUGUGUCUCAAUGCACAAUUGUUGGGCAGUGAGUGUCUCAUGGAAGCUCAGUGCACCAAGAAAGUCACCAAUAGUCGCUGCCUCGAUGGUGCCUGCAGAUGCUCCGAGGGAUUCCUCCAAUUUCGACGACACACUUGCUUAUCUCCUGCUCCUCCGGGUACGGUGUGCUAUGGCGAUGAGCACUGCCAAAUGUGGGAUAAGCGGAGUUUUUGUGACUUCUUAAUUCCAAAUCUCUUUGGACGCUGUCAGUGCCAGGCUCCAGCAAGGCUGGAAGGAAGUAAUUGCAUUGCCGAUGAAGUUGAUUCUGUAAAUUCAGACGGAGAAACACCAUCGGAAGAAGCCACAGAAGCUCCCACAGAAAGCUUACCAGAAUCCGCUCCAUUGAAACAAGAAUCCAUUCAGGAUCCAACGGAUGCCCCAGCUGAUGAGGAAUCUCAAAGCGAUGAGGCUAAAGAAUCUUCAAGUAGUGAAGCUGUGGCAACACAAAAAGUAGUUCACGAGGCAAGGCAUGACUCCUCAAGUGAAGAUCUUCAGCAUCUCCUCAAAGUUCACGGUGUUCGUGGGAGGUUGGAUCUCGGACAUGGGCCAGUAUCCCUUGGACUUCAGUGUUCAGAUGAUCAGCAAUGUCAGCUGGCUGAUCCCUUUAGUCAUUGCAAUGCAGAGGGGAGGUGCGAUUGUGCCAAAGUGGAAACAUCUAAUCAGGAAUGUCAUGCAAACUAUACCGGAUGUACUCCAGGGACAUUUCAGUGCCGCUCGAGUGGAGUCUGCAUCUCUUGGUACUUCGUGUGUGACGGCCGACCGGACUGUGCGGAUGCCUCAGAUGAGGAAUGCAAUGCCACAGAAGCAUCCCAAUGUCCCCCACAGACGUUCCACUGCCACGGUAGUGGUCGCUGCAUCUCCCGAGGGGCCAGAUGCGAUGGGCGCAAGCAGUGCCAACACGGGGAGGAUGAGGCUGAUUGUAGCUCAAUCCCAACGGGCCAGUGCCCGCCGAACACAUUCAAAUGCCGCAGUGGCGAGUGCCUACCCGAAUAUGAGUACUGCAACUCAAUUGUGUCCUGCCGUGAUGGGAGCGAUGAGCCAGCCUAUCUAUGCGGGUCACGUGACAUGCCAGCUAUCUUCUUCCGACUCCUGAGUAGCUUCGAAAAUGUCUACUGUCCACUGCGAUGUCGCAACGGACGCUGCCGCUCAACGGCCAUUGCGUGUUCCGGGAGAAAUGGUUGUGGAGACGCAACGGACGAGGAUUCAUGCUCAGUGUGUCGUUGCCCUAACCCCAAUACAGUCUGAAAAUCCUCAUCCCUCCUUCUUCCCCCAAUUUCCCUUUUUUACUUCACUAACCUACAUGUAAAUAGAAAGCAUUCUCUCCCCUUCGAGGCGUCUGCGUGACUUCUCGAGAAACCCCUUUUUUAGUUUGUAAAAAUAAAGGAAAAAAAGUAUUAAGAA